AUGUCCGAACAAGUAAUUGCGGAGAUUCGUGCCGGAACGUCCACUUUACAUUUUAAAGAAAGGGUACAAAAGCAUAUUUAUUCUGAAUCAGACGGCGAAAUGCACUGGAGUACUGAUGUUUACCAUGCGCCCGAAUAUCAAUAUGGUAAUCUUCGCCGAUUACCAAAAACAAGCCAUUUAUGGAUAUUGUCAGUAAGUAUGUGCAGAUCCAGUAUAGCGUCUUUUUCACUCCACAAGGAUCAAGAUCAAAUGAAUACUUAUGGUAAAAAAGAUAGGGAAAUUCUUGAUUAUUCAACGUCGGAUCGAAUCAUGUCCAAUGGCCAUUGGAAUUUUAUCUAUCCUUCUAUUUUUCAAGAUAAUUCAGAUUUGUUGGCGAAAAAGCGAAGAAAUAGGUUCGUCAUUCCAUUACAAUAUCAUCAAGAACAAGAGAAAGAACUAAUAUCCUGUUUUGGGAUUUCGAUUGAAAUCCCCCUUAUGGGUGUUUUACGUAGAAAUACUAUUUUUGCUUAUUUUGACGAUCCCCGAUACAGAAAAGAUAAAAAGGGUUCAGGAAUUGUUAAAUUUAGAUAUAGGACCCUAGAAGAAGAAUAUAGGACUCGAGCGGAAGACUCAGAAGAGGAAUAUGAGACCCUAGAAGACGAAUACAGGACCCGAGAGGACGAAUAUGAAUAUGAAACCCUAGAAGAAUCUAAAUAUGGAAUCCUAGAAGACGAAUACGAAUAUGAAACCCUAGAAGACGAAUAUGGGAGCCCAGAAAACGAAUAUGGGAACCCAGAGAACGAAUAUAGGACUUUAGAGAAAGACUCAGAAGAGGAAUAUGGGAGCCCAGAGAGCAAAUAUAGGACCCAAGAGGACGAAUAUGGAACUCUAGAGGAAGACUCAGAAGACGAAUAUGGCAGCCCCGGGGAAAGCGCAGAGGAAAAAUAUGGUACUUUAGAGGAAGACUCAGAAGAAGAUUCAGAGGACGAAUACGAGAGCCCAGAGGAAGAUUCCAUCUUAAAAAAAGAGGGUUUGAUUGAGCAUCGAGGAACAAAAGAAUUUAGUCUAAAAUACCAAAAAGAAGUAGAUCGGUUUUUUUUCAUUCUUCAAGAACUUCAUAUCUUGCCGAGAUCUUCAUCCCUAAAGAUACUUGACAAUAGUAUUAUUGGAGUGAAUACACAACUCACAAAAAAUACAAGAAGUCGACUAGGCGGACUGGUCCGAGUGAAGAGAAAAAAAAGCCAUACGGAACUCAAAAUAUUUUCCGGAGAUAUUCAUUUUCCUGAAGAGGCGGAUAAGAUAUUAGGUGGCUGUUUGAUACCGCCAGAAAGACAAAAAAAAGAUUCUAAGGAAUCAAAAAAAAGGAAAAAUUGGGUCUAUGUUCAACGGAAAAAAAUUCUCAAGAGCAAGGAAAAGUAUUUUGUUUCCGUUCGCCCUACAGUGGCAUAUGAAAUGGACGAAGGAAGAAAUUUAGCAACACUUUUCCCGCAGGAUCUCUUGCAAGAAGAAAAUAAUCUCCAAAUUCGACUUGUCAAUUUUAUUUCUCAUGAAAAUAGCAAGUUAACUCAAAGAAUUUAUCACACAAAUAGUCAAUUUGUUAGAACUUGCUUAGUAGUGAAUUGGGAACAAGAAGAAAAAGAAAAGGCUGGUGCUUCCCUUGUUGAGGUAAGAGCAAAUGAUCUUAUUCGCGAUUUCCUAAGAAUUGAGUUAGUCAAGUCCACUAUUUCGUAUACACGAAAAAGGUAUGGUAGGACAAGUGCAGGACCGAUUCCCCAUAAUAGGUUAGAUCGCGCCAAUAUCAAUUCUUUUUAUUCCAAGGCGAAGAUUGAAUCACUUAGCCAACAUCCAGAAGCUAUUGGCACUUUGUUGAAUCGAAAUAAAGAAUACCACUCUUUGAUGAUUUUGUCGGCAUCCAACUGUUCUCGAAUUGGUUUAUUCAAGAAUUCAAAACAUCCCAAUGCGAUAAAAGAAUGGAAUCCUAGAAUUCCUAUUCGAGAAAUUUUUGGGCCCUUAGGCGCUAUUGUAGCUAGUAUAUCGCAUUUUUCUUCAUCUUACUAUUUACUAACGCAUAAUAAAAUCCUGUUAAAAAAAUAUUUGUUCGUUGACAAUUUAAAACAAACCUUCCAAGUACUUCAAGAACUUAAAUACUCUUUAAUAGAUGAAAAUAAAAGGAUUUCUAAUUUCGAUAGUAACAUAAUGUUGGAUCCAUUCCUUUUGAAUUGUCACUUUGUCCAUCAUGAUUCUUGGGAAGAGACAUUGGCAAUAAUUCACCUUGGACAAUUUAUUUGUGAAAAUGUAUGUCUAUUUAAAUCGCACAUAAAAAAAUCCGGUCAAAUUUUCAUUGUAAAUAUGAAUUCCUUUGUUAUAAGAGCAGCUAAACCUUAUUUGGCCACUACAGGAGCAACUGUUAAUGGUCAUUAUGGAGAAAUCCUUUACAAGGGAGAUAGGUUAGUUACGUUUAUAUAUGAAAAAUCGAGAUCUAGUGACAUAACGCAAGGUCUUCCAAAAGUGGAACAAAUCUUUGAAGCGCGUUCAAUUGAUUCAUUAUCCCCGAAUCUCGAAAGGAGAAUUGAGGAUUGGAAUGAGCGUAUACCAAGAAUUCUUGGGGUCCCUUGGGGAUUCUUGAUUGGAGCUGAGCUAACCAUAGCCCAAAGUCGUAUCUCUUUGGUUAAUAAAAUCCAAAAGGUUUAUCGAUCCCAAGGGGUACAGAUCCAUAAUAGAAAGCACGGAUCUUGA